AUGCUUGGUGAUACACAUCUACAUACAUCUGUGUAUGUUGUUACUGAUAAGAUUAUUGAUUACGCACUACGAAUGUGGACUGGUGAUUUUUGCUGUAAUCUCUGUGUUAGAGUUGAUAUCAAUGUUUUAGUGUAUGUUCUCCCUGAACAUAAUUCAGAUACUGAAGACGACCAUGUAUCCGAAAAUGGCGCAAUUGAUUUCGUUGCUGCAAGUGAAGAUUCUAUUAAUAAAUUAGAGAAAUGUUUAAAUGAAAAUGAACUACUAUGUAAUAUUUGUUUUGAGAAUGUCCAUAAUGAUGUAGAAGCUAGAAAGCUACCUUGCAAACAAUCCUAUCAUGGAGAAUGUAUUGUGAAGUGGCUAAAGACUAGCAAAUAUUGUCCACUUUGUAAGUAUGAGAUAAUUCAAAUAAAUUGA